UAAAUUGACACAACCUGGCAACCCGUCCGCAGUUUGUUGUGGAAGAUGUCAGUCGUUACUGGAGCAGCUGUGAUGAUCAGCAGAACUAAAGCAUGGGCGCUUCUGAAUGCAUCCUCUGGAAUGGUGCUCUCUCCAUCCCGGCCUGUGAGGGUAAUGCACGCAUCUCAGCUCCCCCCUCUCAUCUCCACAAUGCGAUACAGCAAUAGCCCAGCUCAGGAGCAGCAGGCAGCCAGUCAACCAGAGGAUAAAGUGCAUCUCACAGAGUCUUGUGUCAAGAGGCUUGCUGAGAUCAUGGAAAAGGGCGAGUAUCUGAGGAUACAGGUGGAAGGAGGGGGCUGCUCUGGCUUCCAGUAUAAGUUCUUAGUAGACAAAGUCAAAAAUGAUGAUGACAGGGUUUUUGAACAGAAUGGUGUUGGGGUGAUAGUAGACCAGGACAGCCUGGAUUUUGUGAAAGGAGCCACACUCGACUUUAGCCAGGAGCUCAUCCGCUCCUCCUUCCAGGUCCUCAAGAAUCCUCAGGCAGACCACGGCUGCUCUUGUGGCAGCUCUUUUUCUGUUAAACUCUGAGAGCUGUCUUUACAUCAGUGUUUCCAUCCUAAAUGCAUUUAACAGUGGUUUUUAAAUCCUCUCCUACAUUGUGUAUUCAGUUCAUAUUUUUGCGUGAAGAGAAAGAGCAGCUGACAAAAUGAAGUCAAUGGGAGCGGAAUUGAGAGCCACUUUUAUUUAAAAGGUCUUUGCACAGUGUAUCGUAAACUACAGACAAAUAAGUGCUUAUUUAAAAUCCAGACACAGCUCAGUUGUUUUCGGUGGUUCCAAAGUCAAGUAAAGGAUUUUGCCAUUUAUUUCACUAUUCUAGUAAUUCAGUGUGCCGUAUGAUUGUGGCAUGAUCAGUAUAUAGAUCUUCACUAUCUGCAUUUUCUUGUACAUUUGUAAAUAGGAUAUGUUUAAUAAUAAAAUGGUAUUAGAAUGAG